AUGUGGCACAGUCAGCAAUCUCCACCCGCAGUGAUUUUGGCAACUGUUCAAAAAAACUGUUUUACUAUUCUUGUAUUUUUCAUGAUAUUUUUCUUUUCGUUGGUUGAUAGUGGAGCUUGGGUUAUUCCCUGUAUUCAUAUAAUUGUUAAACGUCAAAACAUAAAUAAUAAAGGAGGGAAAAUGGCCUUUGUCAAAUUUGCCGCGGAAACCCAAGAAGAACCCACGGAGAUUGCCGCUUUGUACGUAGAAACGCAUGAAGAUUGCCUCAUUUGCCACAGAAACGUAGAACAUGUAUUAUAUGGUAUUAUGAUUGGAGAUUGCUCUCUUUGCUGCGAUCAGCUAGUAUUAAAACGUUUUAUCUCGAUGGGCGAUUAUAUGUGA